GUUCCGAUUCUUCCUUGCUUUGCUUGGUCUUUGUUUUGUUUUUGUUUUUGAAUUUUUACUAGACAGCAAGGUAUGGUGUAGGUAUUUUUAUUAUUAUAUUAUAUUUUGGAGCCUAUUCUGUAUUGUUCUACAUAUUCUGUCCGUAAUUAAUUUAAUUUAACACAAUCUUGUGAUGGAAUCGAGGGACAGUAAAUCUUUGGAGCGUUCCAUUCCAGUUGAUGUUUUAAAUGACUUGUGCAGUCGAUUUAUAAUAAACGUUCCCGAAGAAGAAAGGAAAGAUUUGAUCAGAAUACUAUUUCAAGUGGAGCUGGCUCACUGGUUUUACCUGGACUUCUACUGCACUGAGGCAUACCAGACAAAGCUCAAGUCAUGUGGAAUGAAGGAAUUCACCAUUCAAAUCUUCCAGCAUAUCCAAGCACUACAGCAGUACGUGGGCCAGAUAGAUGAGGUGAUUGCGAUGUGGAGGGAAUACAAGCAGGCGGUCCCGACGUAUGGAGCUAUCCUGCUGGAUCAGGACCUCAGUCACGUUCUCCUGGUGCAGAGCUAUUGGGCCAAAUCCUCCUGGGGAUUCCCUAAGGGCAAGGUCAACCAAGAGGAAGAACCUCACCGCUGUGCUGCCAGAGAGGUACUGGAGGAGACUGGGUUUGAUAUCAGCAAUCUGAUUAACCCAAAUGACUUUGUGGAGUCCUUGGUUCAAGAACAACUGGUUAGGCUGUAUAUCAUCAGUGGGAUACCACAGGAUACGAAGUUUGAGCCAAAGACAAGGAACGAAAUUAAGGCAGUGGAGUGGUUUCCAAUUGCUGAUCUGCCAUGCAGCAAGAAAGACCUCACACCUAAAGUGAAGAUGGGCGUGAGUGCCAACUCCUUUUUCAUGGUGUUACCCUUUAUAAGAAGGAUUAAAAAGUGGAUUUUCGACAAGCAACAGAAAGGCAACACCCAUACAAACCGGAGACAGAGGUACAAGUCCAUGGGAGAUCUGGAGGUGCCCAGAUAUAAGUUUUCUGGAGAUAUCGAACCUGGAGCUGCAGCCAGCCCUAACAACAAUGGAGCUGCUAAGGGGAAAAAACACUCUUUUUCAACUACAUUACAGGCAGAGAUAGACGAUUUAAGGCAAGUUCAGGUGGGAGCCAAAGCAUCCUGUGAGUCUCCUCCUCGUAAUUCGCGUAAAGAUCGUAAACUGAACUCCAAAACAAGGAAACUGGCUAAUAAUACCAAUCCAGAUGGAGAAAAACCAAAGCCAGGAAAGAAUGGAGCUAGAAAAUUGUCACCAGCAUUGACAAGUGAAUCUCCAUCAUUUGAUUUUCUUGCUCCUUCUUGGAUCAAUUUCAAAUUCAACCGACAAGAUAUCUUAGAUGCCUUGGUGUACUAAAAAUCAUUCUUAAUCGGUACGGUACGGAACUUAAGUCUUGAUUAUAAACCACAGUUUUUGUAUUUUUUUAUUAAAACUGUGUUCUGUUACUAUUGUGAACAGAAUAUUCUACCAAUUGUAGUUUAGGCUACUAUAAUGCUUAAUCCUACGAAAUGAACAAAAACCAUUUUCUAUAAUGGUUUAUCAAUGUAAACCAUAUGAAAUUAUUACUAUUUUUAUGAUUGUAUAUGAACUAUUUGUUUAGUGUUUUUACUUGUUAUCAAUGAAGACUAUUCUAAGUAUUUGUUGGUUGGUAUAAAAAUUAUUGUAUUUUAUAUUUUAAUUUUCUAAAUAAAGUUUAGAUUUGUUUCAUGUGAUAUUAAUUUUAA